GCAGCAAGUCCUUCUACUGCAAAAGGCUCUGCGACGACGGCCUCAAGACGAAAGGGAAUCGCGAGCCCGCGUGCAUCCAGGGCUGUCUGCAGAAGUUCUCUCAAGUCGUGAGUGUCCUGGAGCUCUACGAAGAGAAGUGCCCAGAUUGCAAGGUCCGAGGCGAUGACGACAGAAGGGACGAUGACAAGAAACGGGACGAUGACAAGAGGAGGGAUGACGACAAGAAGAGG